CGCUUGCACAUAUAAGCCGGAGCAGGGCGGGCCUUGCAAAGCCGACCAUUAAGAAAUAUAUUAAUCGGGAGAGUGGAAGAACAGGAAAGGCACGACAAACAUGCACGACGAUAUUUAAAGGGACAUUGAAGAGAAUCAUGUUUUUCUGAAAAAAAAAGCAAGCAGAAAAGAAAGAAAAAAACAAAAAGCGGACGCUCCAUGUAGUGCAAGUUCGCUCUGGAUUUUUUCGUAGUUGUUUCAUUGUAAAUCGGACCCAUUCCUGUACAGCUAGCAAGCUAAUUCUCCUGCACGCGUUUGUCAAUUGCAAAAGUGCGGCUGCUGGCUAAAAUUGCAUGUCGCUUCUGUCAUGUUUCCGGCCGGGUGCUCCCAUGUGAAUGGUUUUAAGGUGGAGAACUGGAAACAGAAUCUGCGAGUCAUAUACCAGUGCUUUGUGUGGAGCGCAACUGCUGAAACCAGGAGACGCAAGGUGCUUCAGAUCGAUGCGGGAUGGACAACAGUGGCAAGGUCAUGUAUCUGCCACAUGUGCGGAGCCCACCUGAACAGACUCCACUCCUGUCUCUACUGCGUCUUCUUCGGCUGUUUCACGAAGAAACACAUCCACGAACAUGCAAAAAGCAAAAGGCACAACCUAGCUAUAGACUUGCUGUACGGCGGCAUUUACUGCUUCGUGUGUCAGGACUACAUUUACGACAAGGACAUGGAGCAGAUCGCCAAAGAGGAGCAGAGGAAGGCCUGGAAGAUGCAAGGUGUCGGUGAAAAGUACUCAACGUGGGAGCCAACCAAACGAGAACUUGAGCUACUGCGGCAUAACCCAAAGCGUAGGAAGAUCACUACCAACUGCACUAUUGGUCUGCGGGGCCUCAUCAACCUAGGCAACACAUGCUUCAUGAACUGCAUCGUGCAGGCGCUCACGCACACGCCGCUGCUCCGCGACUUCUUCCUGUCCGACCGGCACAAGUGUGAGAUGCAGUCCGACUCGUGCCUCGUCUGCGAGAUGUCACAGCUCUUCCAGGAGUUCUACUCCGGCCACCGCUCCCCCCACAUCCCAUUCCGCCUGCUGCACCUGGUGUGGACGCACGCGCGCCACCUGGCUGGCUAUGAGCAGCAGGAUGCUCACGAGUUCCUCAUUGCCGCCCUGGACGUGCUGCACCGGCACUGCAAGGGUGACGACAACAGUAAGAAGACCAAUAACCCCAACCACUGUAACUGCAUCAUCGACCAAAUUUUCACGGGUGGCCUGCAGUCUGAUGUCACCUGCCAAGUCUGCCACGGUGUCUCCACGACAAUAGACCCCUUCUGUGAUAUCAGCCUGGACUUGCCAGGGUCCUCUAUGCCCUUCUGGCCGCUCAGUCCCGGCGGCGAGGGAAACGUGGUCAACGGGGAGAGCCACCUCUCAGGCUCCACAACACUCACGGACUGCCUGCGGAGGUUCACGCGGCCAGAACACCUCGGUAGUGGCGCCAAAAUCAAGUGUGGCGGUUGCCAUAGUUACCAAGAAUCCACCAAGCAGCUGACGAUGAAGAAGCUGCCCAUCGUGGCGUGUUUCCACCUCAAACGCUUCGAACACUCAGCCAAGCUGCGGAGGAAGAUCACCACCUACGUGUCCUUUCCGCUGGAGCUGGACAUGACGCCCUUCAUGGCCUCCAGUAAAGAGAGCAGAAUGAACGGACAGUACCAGCAGCCCCUGGACACUUUAAACAAUGACAAUAAGUACUCGCUAUUUGCGGUCGUCAAUCACCAGGGCACCCUGGAGAGCGGACAUUACACGAGCUUCAUCCGCCAGCACAGGGACCAGUGGUUCAAGUGUGAUGAUGCCGUCAUCACCAAAGCCACCAUCAAAGACGUGCUGGACAGCGAAGGGUAUCUUUUAUUUUAUCACAAGCAAUUCCUUGAAUACGAGUAGCUUUCAUCCUGAGCCAGGGAAAGAUGUAUCCCAAAGGGAAUGAAAUGCAGUGCACAGACCUACCUGGAACUUGAGCUUAAGACCGUUUUUCAGCUGCCGGCGAUCAAACGGAACACAACAAGCAAAUCAUGCAAAUGUCCUGCAAUCCUGCACUGAGCUGCUACUGUCCGUCUGUUUUGGAAGAGGAAGGAAGUUAUCAGGACCAGCCGAGGUCCGGCAAGAUUUCACUUCCUGUAUCUGCUCCAGGCACCGAAAUGGAUGUCGGCAGACGGAUGGAUGUGUGGAGCUGCAAGUGGGUGCAUCUCACCACCUUUUACAGUAUUUUUCGGACACACCCCCCACCCCUUCAUGGUGCUCAAGAUCCCACUGACCAAACAUUGUGGCAAUCACAAUGGAAUGGAUUGGGUUUGUGUGUGCGCGUGUUUUUUUUUUUUUUUUUUAUGCUUGAUCUUAUGCAUUGGUGUCUGAAUGCACAAAUCUCACAGUGUAGUAUUAUGAAUGUCGCAAGAUUUUCUUUUUUUGUUUCGACAAUGUACGACAUGAAUUUGUUUAUGAAAUACUGUAUGAAUCUAUAUCUAUUUUUACAAAGAGAGAGAGAGAAUUCCUUGUGGGAGAGCAGUUCCACCAAGACAGUGUUUAUUUCUGUGCAAUCCGUAGAUCCAGGCUGGGUGGGGUCCUUUCCGGAUGCUAAGGCAGUGGGGUUGCUACUCAGCGAUAGGGACCCGAACGCAUCUCAGCUUCCCCAUACCCCUUUUCAGUCCCUAAUUGCCACACACCCCCCCCCCCCCCCAUCUCUCAUUCACCAGAGUGCUGUCAUGUUAUGGUACUGAUUUAGUUCAUGGGUGUUAAUUAUAUAUGAUAUUAUAUAUAAAAGAAUAUAAUAUUAUAUAAUAUUUGUGAAGAUGUUUUGGUAUUAUGACACUAGUGAUGAUGAUGAUGAUGAUGAUUCGUAGUAUUAAACGAUUUCACCUAAAACAAAAUAUAACAAUUAAGGAAUGCCCCCCCAAACAAAGUAUUUUAGCAUGCUGUGGAAGACCUUUCUGGGUUCGAGCCCUUUAUAGAAGCACAUUUCAGUGGUUUAGACUAUUGCCUCUGGCCCCCUUUCAGCUCGCUGAUGAGGUCUCAGGGUGUGAAAUAUAACUAUUUCGGGGCCCCCUGUGAAUAUCACCACUAACGGGUGAGUAUGCCAUCCUCUAGAGCCCACAGUAUGUAUCAUCUGCCACAGGGGCCAGCAUCUACCGGCUGUAUUCUUCUGUUACAUUUUGUUCUGUGUUUGUGUGUCCAGGUGAACCGUUGAUGCGCAUGGACUUCUUCACAUUCAUUUAUCGAUCCUGCAGUGCUGCAGCAGUGAUGCAGCACGACUGACUAUGCAGUAUUGUGACAUGAUACCGGGUCAGUCACAUGACACAGUGCUGCCCUGGGCCGCUGUAGCCUGCAUGUCAGUAGGUUUAAUUGUAAUUCUGUCACCUGUUAUAUUGCCACAAUGGGGCAAUGUGUGUGUGUGUGUGUGUGUUCACACUGUACUGGAGCACUAGGGCAUCAGGCACUCAACAGAGGGGGAUGGGGAAUCAGCCUGUCCUUAUGUCCUGGGGGGG